UCCGUCCUGCGAGGAAGAGGAACCGCAGACCGGGUCGCUGGCAGCGGGGUCGCCCUGCAGGGACGCCGGCGAGGACUCAGGAGCUUCGUCCUGCAGCUCCAGAGGACAGCAUGUGUGUUCAGGCUGCUGCUGGCAGCGAUACGCGGCUGAUAAGGAGUAUCUCGCCGUGGCGCUGUCAGUCAGAGAGAGGCGGCGAGGAGAUAAAAGCAGGAAGUGUGUGUGUGGAGGGGAUGAGCGGAGAAGGCAGUGGAGCUCAGCAGGAAGAGGAGGAAGAGGAGGCCUGGAACUUGGUGAGCGGACGUCUCUGGCAGCCGUCUGAUCGCUAUGAAAGCUUCCUCGCCGCCGCUGCUGCUGCUGCUGGUUGUCAGUGUGUGCCGUCGACCAGCGGGAGCCAAGAAACAGGAAGCGGUGGUUUCACCUGAGGAGCACGGCUCUCGACUCCGAGGACUCUGGAAGCUGCACAUAAAGGACUCGCUGCUGGACGGAAAAGCAGCAGGUUCUGGUCCUCAGCCAAUCAGAGACGGGGUCACACAGCAGCUGCUCUACUGCCGCAUCGGGAUUGGCUACCAUCUCCAGAUUCUGCCCAACGGCUCCGUGGGAGGCGUCCACAAACCCACCGAUAACUGCUGGCUGAAGGUGUUCGCUAUGAAACACGGCGUGGUGGGAAUCAGAGGAGUGAAGAGCGGUUUGUACGUCUGUAUGAGCGCCGACGGGCUGGCGUACGGGGCGGAGCGGUUUUCUGAUGACUGCCUGCUGAAGGAGAACCUGGAGGAGAACCACUACACCACCUACUCCUCGCUGUCUCACCCAGCCGUCUAUCUGGCGCUGUCCCACAAAGGGGAGCUCAGGAAGGGCAACAGCGUGGGCCGCCACCAGUCCUGCACCCACUUCCUGCCCCGGAGGACGGCGUGAUCGGUACCGGAGCCACGUUUAGAAAGCGUGUUCGCUCACGUUGCGACUCCGGAGAGAAGAAACAGACUGUUAGCGCCCAGGAGACACAUCUGGAGGGAUUAUUAUUACGUCUCAAUGCUCAAAAUACCUGAAACAGUCUGAGGAUCAGUCGGUAAACAGCGGCUGCUCGGGGUGGACGCCUGGAACAGAUGCAAUAAUAAUAAUAAUAAUAUCUGCAAUAUAGAGGAUUAAUCAAAACAUAAGAUGUUCCUUUAUUGAUCCUGUGUAGCAGCAUCGGGGAGUGUAGUGCAAAAGUAAAGAAAAUAUAAUAAAACAUGUACAGCUGCUGAUCAAUAUUCUGAUAUUAGCAAUAGAUCACAUUAUUGUGUUUGUGCUGUAAAAGAGAGAAUUAUUAGAGUUCCUCCUCAGCGAGUCGACAGUGAAAGAGAAGUUGUUUAUAGUUUUAUAAAUCUGUGCCUUAUGAAUCUUAUUUAUUCUUGUUUGUGUACUUUUAUUUAUUCUUGUUUUAGAGCGAAUUGCAGUGUUAAAUAAAAUAUAUCUAUUUUUUUAUAA